AUGUCGGGCAUCGAAAUCGCAGGUCUCGUCUUUGGUGUCGUACCGGUCGUUGUUGAAAUUCUGAAGUCUUACAGCACAGCCAAGCGUAGAUUGGCGACUUUCUCACAGCACGCAGAAGUUGCAUGCGACAUCCAGCUGAGGUUCCAGGUAGCGGCAGCGAACUUCAACAAUGAUUGCCGCCUUCUACUUCAGGCAACCAUUGUCCAACCAAGCGAUAUUUCUGAGAUGAUGGAGGAUCCGACGCACAAGAGCUGGCAGGAGCAAGGGAAGGACAUUGAGCAGCGACUGCGAAGCUUGAUGCAACAAGACUACGAGCUAUGCCAGAACAUCGCGACGCGACUGCGCGAUAUCCUCCGCGAAACACGAAUCAGCCUAACCAAACUCGAGGACGGCCUGGGUAACGCGAAGCAAACGGAACACGAGUUCAUACGGAAGAUCUGGCACGCUUUUAACACAUCUCGCAAGGAGAACGAAUACAUUCGACAGCUGGAUUCCUUGGACAGAUGGAACAAGUCGCUGAGCAAGUUGCGCAAACAGAGGUGCAAAAUUCAGAAGCGACGCGAUAUCCCUUCCGCUUGCAUUAUUCGCAAAGCCGUGCCAAGGAGCUACCAGCAGAUCCGCGUCGCCUCGCAACAACUAGGAGAGUCGAUCCACGACUCAUGGUCUUGCACGAACACUUCUCACAAUGGACACCAAGCAAAGCUAUCGCUUGAUGCUAAAAGCGGGCAUGACAACGUGCAGCUUGAUGUUGUCGUGGCUUGUCAACCAAACCCGAAUCUCGUAAUCCAAAACCCAUCUGGCGACAUGCCAAUAUGGCUACAAAUUCGAUCCAUUACAUCACUCACGACAUACAGAGUACCAAAGUCGCCUCCGCCAGCGCUAGCAAACACAUUAUGUCAUGGAUUUAGAGAUGCUUCGCAAGUUGCAACCCAAAAGUUGCCAAGUAAAGCUAAAUCAAAGAAAAGAGUCCGAAUCAAUGAUCCUAAAGACAACGUCAGAUGUGUUCGAACGCCCACAACAAGCAACACAAAAACGACUCAGGCCCAAUCCUUUGUGAUGCUGGACCUGAAGACAACAAAAAGCGUAUGCUGCCAUGUGAGGAGAGUGCGCUCGUCUACGUUAGCAUGUCAGGAUGGCUGUGUGGGGUUCCUUGAAAUUGCAAAGAGUCAAGCGUUAACGCGUUUCAUGUUCUACGAUGCCAGCAAACUCGCAAUCAACGACGUUUCUUCCUCCACCAGGCGACGAGGGGCGAUGCCAAUUAAGAGUCUCGUCCAACGCUUUCGAGUACUGCAACAAAUCACACUUGCACACAAGUUAGCCGAGGCUGUUCUCCAAUAUCAUUCGACCUCCUGGUUGCCGCAAGCGUGGACUCUCCAAGAUGUGGCAUAUUUUACAGAUUCAUCUCAAGCCGAUGAAAGCGACAUUUCAGAUGUACUGAAUAGCUUACAUCUGAGCAACCGCUUUCUAGACCAUGACUCGCCCAAUACGGAGUUCAAGCAAGAAUCGCUUGUUCUGAAGCAUACUUUUGGCAUUCGUAACCUCACCUUGGCUAAGCUCGGCGUUGCACUACUGGAGAUCUGUACUCAAAAAGAUAUCGCGGGACCCCAGCUGGAUGGUACACCCCAUGAGGUUAUCGAAGCGAGAAAGCUGCUUGAUGAACAACAUCAUUCCAUCAUGACCUUAGGUCAUCAUUAUCUGGAGGUCGUGCGCAAAUGUAUACAUUGCGACUUCUCUUGUGACGAUGACCUUCAGGGCGAAGCACUGCAGAGUGCGGUGUACACCGAGGUUGUGUGUGCUUUGCAGAACAUGAAAACUGGGUGGAAGAAAUUCUUCGGAGUAUGA